AAUUAUGAGGCAUAGAAAACAUACGUUCUAUGUGAAAAGUAACAAAACAAUAUCAAAUGCGUCAUUAUUUCACAACGGUGUCGAAUAUUAAUUUAAAGUUUGGAAAGCAAUAUUUAUAUCAAAAUGAUUUCGAAUGAAACAGAAAUUAAAUUAUGUGCUGAAAAUUUAAUAAAAGACGCAGGUCAAACGGAAUCGUCUAGCACAUCUGAAAAUCAAGUAAAUAGAAUAGUUGAAGAUGGCGCGCAUUGCAGCAAUGGGAUCCGUGUUAAAAUGGUGGCGGAAAUAAACCAAAAUUCAAGUGCCGGAGACGUUAUUGCUGAGUUAAAUAAUAAUCAAAACGCACAGAAACGCGGGAUUUCUGGUGAAAAAUCUAAUAACCCGAAGAGGAGCAGAACAUCUAAAGAAGACGAAGCAUUGGAUGCACCGAGAGAAGAUGAAAUUCAAAAAGAAAAUGUUUCAAACAUUGAUAAUGACUUAACAACCGAUUUACAACAAGAAGUCGUGAAUCCAACAAUUAGAAUUAAAACUGAAAGUCCUACACAAGAAAAUUUUGAUAUAUUACCUUCCUCCUCUUCUUCUUUUAACAUGGCUGAUAUAAAACCUGCGAUUAAGGUAGAGAAAGCAGAAGCUAACUCCACCUCAAGAGAGUCUUGCCGUUUUGGUAUUCGAUGUUAUAGACGGAAUCCACAACACCGUUUAACAGAAUCUCACCCUGGCGAUAGUGAUUACCGAAGGCCUAGUUACCCGACUCCUCCUUUGGGGACACCUGAUUGUCCCUACGGUGAUUUGUGUUAUCGCCGAAACCCGAAACAUUUUGCCGAGUUCAAUCACCCACCAGAAACUGACUUCGAAAAAAAUUACAAAAAUCGGCUAAGGCAGCGCCGACGUCGACAACUACAACACUCGAGGGAUUCUUCUGAACUCGAAGACGAUUAUGAUUUUGAGGAUCCAUUUAUUAAUGACGACGAAUUGGAUUCGGAUUAUGAGCCGAAUAGCAAUGACGAAGAUGAUGAUGAUGAUGAUUAUGAUGCUUGUGAUAGGGCCGAGGAAUGAAAAGCAUUGAUGGGUUUAUUAGCUGUAAAUUCUUUUAUUAAGUCUAAGCACAUAGAAAAUUGGGCGAUAACUGAUGUACCUUAAAAUUUAUGUUAUUUUGUGAAAGCAUACAUAUGUAUUUAUAAACAUUACUAAUGGUAGCACUAGCAAUAAUAUAAUCAUGAAUGAAUCAACACAAAACU